UUUCGUUACCUACACCUGACGCCCGAGCAAGUCUCCGAAAUAUACGCAAAGUUCUACGGAAGUCCUUCUUUUCCACAUCUCGUGGUCUCGAUGAGCGUCGCUCCAGUCCUCGCCCUAUCUUUAUCCGCGAACAACGUCAUACCUAAAUGGAGACAGGUCAUUGGAACGGAUGGAUCUUUAAGAGAGGAUUGGUUCUAUCCCAUCAGCAUGAGGUCCAGGUACGGCCUGCAGAAGACAAAAGCGAACAUGCUUCACGGCUCGGAAACAUUGAAGGAUGCCAAUAGGGAAAACCGAUAUUUCUAUCCUGAUAGCAUUUUGGAGCCUCUGCCUGCUGAACUGCAGAAGGUGACGGAUUAUUGCGAUAUAUACGUGAAUCCCACUUUGAUCAAUGGCCUCACCGAGGUUGUCAAGAACAAACCCAUCGAUCCCGUCCUCUUCCUCGCGGAUUGGCUUCUGAUGAACAACCCAUUCCAGCCCAGAUUGCCAUACAGCAUAGCCAUCACGCCCACAUAA